AUGCCUAGCAAAUUACACAGUCAGUGGCGCUUAUGUUGAUGACAUUGCAACUCUUGCUUUGUCAAGUCUGUGGGUGUGUUAAGACUUAGCUAUGGCUGUUGGAAUUUGUUUUGGGGUUUUGUUGCUUAGUUCAGUAUGGACAGAACACCUCAGCUAUGGUUUGGCGUCAUAUGAUGCCCAGAAAGGAGUCCCUAAGUAUUCUGGCUCAUCCAAAAUUGAAUUUGAGCAGAGGAUGCUUGGUAGCAACUAUGACCAGGAUCAAUUCAGACCAGCUUCAGGCAUUUCUGGUUCAGGCCAGAAUAAUAUUAUCCACAGAGGGACUGGAUCCAACCCCUAUAGCCAAAGACCAUCAUUCUUGAGCUUUGAUUCAAGUAGCUAUAAAUCUACUCCCAAAAGUCCCUUCACCUCAGCCCAGACGGUAGGUAAAAGGGUCCGUUCUAAGAUUUUUGACUUCCUCCUAUCUGACUCCAUAGCCAGUGGAAGCUCUUUCAGCCACAAGCAUAACACCCUGGCCAGCGGAUCCUCUGAUCAAAGUGUUUUAAACGCCAAUUCAGUGAAGGCCGUUUCCAGUUGGGAAGCAAAAAGAGCCCAUCCCAUUCAUGCUGAAAAGAUUCUGUCAUUACGGCCACAUUCCAGCAGCUCUGGAUCAGCACAAAGUGCCACCCAGAAAAGUCGUUUAUUAAACAGCAAGAAACAGAUUUCUAUGACACAAACUGGAAGCUUCAAGUCCAGAGACAACACUCUCAAAUCAAGUUAUGGCCAAAGCGUUAGGUUUCCAGAUUUUCCCAGUAGCGCUGUGUCUAAUCAGAAACAUUCUACUGGUGUGGCUACACUUAGCAAUGACGUGAAGAUGCUUCUUUCCAGUGGCCCAGUAGAGUUCUCUGCCCAGUCAAAUUCACCUGACAAGUUCCCUCAAAUUCAAGUUCCCUCACUUGGUUCUUCACAAGCUUUGAGACCAGGUCCUCAGAGUUUUGCAAUGAAAAGCAAAAGGCCCAACUUCUCCCCUGUUGUUAAACCAUACCAGAGCAAUCAUGCCUCUGCUAGUGGAAGUGGUUUAAGCUCCAAGCAUUAUAGCCAAACCGCCAGCACUAUCCAGAAGCCAAUUGGCUUUCCGGCUGCCAUCGGACAGCCCAGCUACACCCUCUGGAAGUCUGACCCUAGCUCUGCAAGAGGACCUAACCACAGAAUCUCCUCCAGCAGCUAUGGUCCUGCCUGGACUUUGAACCGCAAUGGUGCCUCAACCCCUAAACGCUUAGCCCCUACCACCACCCACAACAUCCCAAAACUCUAUGGAGGAUCUCCUAUCCGUCGGCUCAAACACACUCUUCUGAAGAAUAGUGACUCUGCCAGUUCCUUGAGGGUCAGCAAGCCACAGCUAAAUCCCAAUGCACCUUCACGGCUUCCCACAUCUGCUUACGUCCGUGUCAAGGUCUCCAGAUGGGAGCCCAGUCUGUGAUGGAAGUGAGAUCUGUGUAGCCUGUGUUUUGUCUUGCAUUGGUUUGAUUUGCUUUAUAUGCUAAGGACUUUGCAUUGUUGAUCCCUAAUCAAUGUUCUAGAUGAGGUGCAGAGUUCUGGAUGGAGUGCCAGGUGUUUGCUACUUCAAUGGUUUUAAAAAAAAAGAUUAAUA